GUGAGUUUGUGUUUAUAUAUAAAUAAUCACAUCACUAAGUCUUUGCUUUAACAUUUUAAACCUCUCUCUCUCUAUUCUCUCUUUCUCUACUACUAGUUCAUUUCUCUCUCUCUCUCUCUCUCUCUCUCUAUCUAUCUCCUCUGUUUUUAUUUUCUUGCUCUGUUCCAAUGGAGGAACAAAGCUGGAUAAGAGGACCAAUCAUAGGGCGAGGCUCAACCGCUACUGUCUCACUUGCAAUCAAAAGCUCCGGUGACUUCUUCGCCGUCAAAUCCUCUGAGUUUUCUUCAUCGGAGUUUUUGCAGAGAGAAGAGUCGAUUUUGUCGAAGUUGAGCUCUCCUUACAUAGUCAAGUACAUUGGCUCUAAUGUAACGACUGAGAACGACAACAAGUCGAUGUAUAAUCUCCAGAUGGAGUAUGUUUCCGGCGGGAGUAUUCACGAUUUGAUCAAGAACUCCGGCGGGAAGUUACCGGAGCCGGUGAUUAGAUCCUACACUCGUCAGAUAUUGAAAGGUUUGGUGUAUCUUCACGAACAAGGAAUCGUUCAUUGCGAUGUGAAGAGCCAGAAUGUGAUGAUCGGAGGAGAGACCGCGAAGAUCGUCGAUUUGGGUUGUGCUAAAACGGCGGUGGGAGAGAAUGAGAGUCUUGAGUUUUCCGGUACACCGGCGUUUAUGUCUCCGGAGGUAGCGCGUGGUGAAGAACAGAGUUUUCCAGCUGAUGUGUGGGCUUUGGGGUGUACGGUGAUAGAGAUGGCUACAGGGUCAAGUCCUUGGCCGGAGUUAAACGACGUCGUUGCUGCGAUUUACAAGAUUGGUUUCUCCGGUGAGUCGCCGGUGAUUCCGGUUUGGUUAUCGGAUAAAGGUCAAGACUUUCUGAGGAAUUGUCUGAGGAAAGAUCCAAAACAGAGAUGGAACGUUCAAGAAUUGCUUCAACACCCGUUUCUUGAUGAGGAAGACGACGACGAGGAAGCUUGUAACUGUCUGAGUUCUUCAUCUCCUAGUACUGUGUUGGAUCAAGGUUUUUGGGAUUUAUGUGAAACCUCGAGAAGUAGAUUAGUUAAAAGAGCUGAUCAGGAAGACGUAUUUGUGAAUUCUAUAAACUUCUUAUGGGAUGAUUCUUUAGUACCGGCUGAUCGGAUCAAGAAACUCAGUUCCGGCGAACCGGAGUGGGAAACGAACGGUUGGAUUGAAGUAAGGGGAGAGAUAGAGAAACGUAACGAAGACGAAGAUGAGAAUUGCUUAGAAGCAACGUCAUUGGAGGAAGAAGUGGGAGGAGGAUUUGAUGAGAAUUGGAUCUGGGAUCAAGAAGACAGCUUCUUCUUGGAAUAUUCCCCUGAGAACAACAUUAAUUACUUUUACUCUUUUAAUAACCUCUUUCAAGAAGAUAUCAUUCUAUAUUAUUAUGAUCAUCUUGAUCUUGAAGAUGGUUUUGUUGUACCUAAAGUUAAUGAUGAUAUUAAUAACAAGAUUCAUUUCUUUAGCCCACAUUUACAAGUUCUGCUUGUUUAGAGAUAUUUACUUAUUACAAUCAACCGAUUCGGCGCCGUAUUU